GAUGACAAUGCUGAAUACUUGUGUUUUCAAACACAAGCAUAUGUGGAUCUUGGAGAUGCUACUCAUGAGUGCGAGUAUUGUGGAGCCUUAUUCUGGUAUGCUGAAAGGGUAAAGAGACAUUCUGUCAAGCAACGCCCAAAGUUUUCAAUGUGUUGCAAUCAAGGAAAUGUUGUUCUCCCUAACAUGCAGCAGCCCCCUAAAAUUUUAAAUGACCUCAUUUUUCGCUCUGAGCAUCGAAGUAAGCACUUUCUGGAUAACAUUCGUUCUUACAAUUCUAUGUUUUCGUUCACUUCGAUGGGUGGGAGAACGGAUAGAGAUAUAAAUAGGGG